AAGGAAAAAAGGGGGGGACACAUUUGGUUGCCCAGAUUUUUUUUUCCCCUGGGGGUGAUUUUUUUCCCCCUUUCCCUCGGAGUGUCUGAGAAGGGGGGGAGGCGCCCGCCGAGUGGUGUUUUUUUCUGGGGGGGCCAUCAUGGGAUGUACACUGAGCGCAGAGGAGAGAGCCGCCUUGGAGAGGAGCAAAGCGAUCGAGAAGAACCUCAAGGAGGAUGGGAUCACCGCCGCCAAAGACGUGAAAUUACUCUUGCUAGGGGCUGGAGAAUCUGGGAAAAGCACCAUUGUGAAGCAGAUGAAGAUCAUUCAUGAAGAUGGUUUCUCCGGAGAAGACGUGAAGCAGUACAAGCCUGUGGUCUAUAGCAACACUAUUCAGUCCCUGGCAGCUAUCGUCCGUGCCAUGGAUACCUUGGGCAUUGAAUACGGUGAUAAGGAGCGAAGGGCUGAUGCUAAGAUGGUCUGUGAUGUAGUAAGUCGAAUGGAGGACACAGAGCCCUUCUCUCCAGAGCUGCUGUCCGCUAUGAUGAGACUCUGGGCAGAUUCUGGAAUCCAGGAGUGCUUCAACCGGUCCCGGGAAUAUCAACUUAAUGACUCUGCCCAAUACUACCUAGACAGCUUAGAUCGAAUCGGAGCUCCAGACUACCAGCCAACAGAGCAGGAUAUACUUCGAACCAGGGUCAAAACAACCGGCAUUGUAGAAACCCAUUUCACAUUCAAAAACCUCCACUUCAGGCUGUUCGAUGUGGGAGGUCAGAGGUCAGAACGUAAGAAAUGGAUCCACUGCUUUGAGGACGUCACAGCGAUCAUUUUUUGUGUCGCGCUGAGUGGUUAUGAUCAGGUGCUCCAUGAAGACGAAACCACGAACCGCAUGCAUGAGUCUCUCAUGCUCUUCGACUCCAUCUGUAACAACAAAUUCUUCAUCGAUACCUCCAUCAUUCUCUUCCUCAACAAGAAAGACCUAUUUGCCGAGAAGAUCAAGAAAUCACCUCUGACCAUCUGCUUCCCUGAAUAUACAGGCCCUAACACUUAUGAGGACGCAGCGGCAUAUAUCCAAGCACAAUUUGAAAGCAAAAACCGCUCCCCCAACAAGGAGAUUUACUGUCACAUGACUUGUGCGACGGACACGAACAACAUCCAGGUGGUCUUCGAUGCUGUCACCGAUAUCAUCAUUGCCAACAACCUCCGAGGCUGUGGCUUGUACUGACACCUUCUCGUCCUGUAUAGCAAAGCAACUCCUUUGGUAAUGAUCACGGCGUGAGGAAAAAAUUUUAAAAAAAGAAAAAAAGCGCAAAACAAAAACAGAAUCAAACGACAAAAAACAAAAUCAUUAUACUAAUAAUGCAAGCUGGUAAAUAAAAAAGCAUAAUGACAAAUUAUAUAUAUAUAAAUAUAUAUAUAUAUAUAUUAAGAAAAACCACAACAACAAUCUUUUUAGUUUGUCUCAAAGAGCUGUGGACAGAACUGAUUUCUCUGACAGGCUUCAGCCCUCCUUGGUAUUGUCACUAGUCAUAGAAAUCAAAUCAAUUAAAUAAGCCAAGAAAAAUUACGCUGGCAUUUGCUAAAUGGUCUGCCCGCAUUUUGAACCUAAGGUAUCCUAUGAGUUUUAAAAUUGAUUGUUUUCUUAAAACAAAGAGCAGUAAUGUUACUUUUUUAACUCUUCUUUGUGGGGAGGGGCUUCAGGUGUAGAGUGGAAGGGGAAUUUUUUUUUUCUUCUUUCUCCCCAUUCCAGCUUCCUGGAUUUUUUUAGGUACUGCUGUUAGGAAGCUGUAAGUCAGCUGGUGCUGCACUGCAGUCUGGGUCACCUGGGCUGGGCUUUCAGUGCCUCUCGGUUCUGUUCAGCUCUUGUGGGUUUCAAAAACAAACGAAAAAAAAAGACAAAAAAUAAUAAUAA